UUUACUGAUCUGUGACCGUCGACCGACUUCAUCGACUUCACCACUUCACUUUAUUACGUAAACUCCGACAAGUAUCGAAUUUUUUAAAAUAAGAAUUUAUUCAAUACCGCACAUUCCUAAGAAUACUUGAAGAACGAAGAUGUUUUCUACCGUUGGUAGAGCUAGCCUUUUGGCAACGAGAACGGUAGUUAAUAACUCCUUGGCUGAGAAGACUCCAUUGGCUGCAGGAGCCCUAGUGAACAAACGUGAUUAUGCAGCGAAAGCCGCAGGGAAGGGAUCUGGUAAGGUGGUGGCAGUCAUCGGUGCUGUCGUGGAUGUUCAAUUUGACGAUAAUCUUCCACCUAUCUUAAAUGCCCUGGAAGUUCAAAACCGGUCACCUAGGCUCGUCCUUGAAGUAGCGCAGCACUUGGGUGAAAACACCGUACGUACUAUUGCCAUGGACGGUACCGAAGGUCUCGUCCGCGGCCAACCGGUUCUCGACUCCGGCUCUCCUAUCCGGAUUCCCGUCGGCGCUGAAACUCUCGGCCGCAUCAUCAACGUAAUCGGAGAGCCCAUCGACGAGCGCGGCCCCAUCCCCACAGACAAAACUGCCGCGAUCCACGCCGAAGCGCCCGAGUUCGUGGAUAUGUCUGUGCAGCAAGAGAUUCUGGUCACGGGCAUCAAGGUCGUGGACCUGCUCGCGCCCUACGCCAAGGGCGGCAAGAUCGGCCUGUUCGGCGGCGCCGGCGUCGGCAAGACCGUGCUCAUCAUGGAGCUCAUCAACAACGUCGCCAAGGCGCACGGCGGUUACUCCGUGUUCGCCGGAGUUGGCGAGCGCACGCGCGAGGGUAAUGACUUGUACCACGAGAUGAUCGAGUCCGGCGUCAUCUCCCUGAAGGACAAGACCUCCAAGGUAGCGCUGGUGUACGGGCAGAUGAACGAGCCGCCCGGCGCGCGCGCCCGCGUCGCGCUCACCGGCCUGACCGUGGCGGAGUACUUCCGCGACCAGGAGGGCCAGGACGUCCUGCUCUUCAUCGACAACAUCUUCCGCUUCACACAGGCCGGCUCGGAGGUGUCUGCCUUGCUGGGGCGCAUCCCCUCCGCCGUGGGCUACCAGCCCACACUGGCCACGGACAUGGGCACCAUGCAGGAGCGCAUCACCACCACCAAGAAGGGCUCCAUCACCUCGGUGCAGGCUAUCUACGUGCCAGCCGACGACUUGACCGACCCUGCUCCCGCCACCACCUUCGCUCACUUGGACGCCACCACGGUGCUGUCCCGAGCCAUCGCGGAGCUGGGCAUCUACCCCGCGGUGGACCCUCUUGAUUCAACCUCGCGUAUCAUGGACCCCAACAUCAUCGGCGCCGAGCACUAUAACGUGGCCCGCGGCGUCCAGAAGAUUCUGCAGGACUACAAGUCCCUGCAGGACAUCAUUGCCAUCCUGGGCAUGGACGAGUUGUCAGAGGAGGACAAGCUGACCGUGGCACGUGCGCGCAAGAUCCAGAGGUUCCUCUCCCAGCCCUUCCAGGUCGCUGAGGUGUUCACUGGCCACGCUGGAAAACUUGUCCCACUGGAGGAAACCAUCAAGGGCUUCUCUAAAAUCUUACAAGGAGAAUAUGAUCAUCUCCCAGAGGUAGCUUUUUACAUGGUUGGACCCAUUGAAGAAGUAGUAGCUAAGGCUGAAACUCUAGCCAAGAGUGCGUAAAUGUAAAGACAUGAACUGAUACUAGCUUAAAAGUCAUGUAACCAAACCUUGUCAUUUGUUAAACUAUUGUUAUAAUGUAAUGUAGGAUUAAAAAUUGGUAGUGAAACAAAUAAAUUAUUAAGUAUACUUACAACAUAAUAAUUUCCAAUACCAAUAAAGUGAAAGGUAAACCUU